CACAGCUGCACGAAGCCCUUCAGCUCUGCCACUUUCCGUGGGUCCAUGCUGCCGUUUCACGUCCACCAGACGGAGCUCUGCGUGCAGAGAAGGGGGGAGACCAGAGAGAAAACAGCCAAACAGCUUAGCAAGCGGAGCGACAUGCUGUAAAUGAUUGGCGUCCUCGAGUUGCAGCAACAAUGUUGCUCUCAGCGAGAGCCUUGGUGAGGUCUGCUGUUCAGCUGAUGCCACGGACCGGGAGUGGAGGAUUUAUCCGGUGCCCAUGCAGAAACAUAUCUGUGAAACCUGGCGAUUUGAAGCUAAAGACGGUUCCACCUCGUUACCUUGGCCAGCCCAGUCCUUUCACUCAUCCACACCUCAUCAAACAUGGUGAGGUGACCCCAGGCUUGAGCCAGACAGAAUACGAACUCCGCAGACACCGACUGGCCUCGCUUAUCGAGGCUCAGACCGAAAGGCUGGGACCUUCUGCUUCCUCUAGCACCCACGUGGCCAUCAUUUUGUCUCACCCAACUAGAUAUAUGACCAACGACAUCCCUUAUCCCUUCCAUCAAAACCAGGAUUUCCUCUACCUCAGUGGCUUCCUUGAGCCUGACAGCGCCUUGGUUCUUUAUGGGAAGGGUCGACCAGACCAGGCUAUUUUGUUCGUCCCUCGCAGAGACCCGGGAAGAGAACUGUGGGAUGGGCCCCGGUCUGGGAAGGAUGGAGCAGCUGCCUUGACCGGCAUAGAGAGAGUUCAUAGCAUAGAAGAACUGGGUGUUGUACUCAAGAGCCUGAAAGGCACUAUGCUGUGGUACGACACCUCUCAGCCCGCUCACCCUCGGCUCCAUCAAGUUCAUGUGUGUCCCGUUCUGGAGGUGGGGCCGACUCCGCGCACUCUCAGACCUCUCAUACACUCUCUCAGGGCCCUCAAAAGCUCCGCCGAAGUGGCUCUCAUGCAAGAAGCGGGUCGCAUCACGGCACAGGCUUUUAGGAGAACAAUGGCUCUGUCUCAAGGAGACGUGGAUGAAUCUAUUCUGUUUGCUAAGUUUGAUUUUGAGAAUCGGAUUCAUGGUGCUAAUUUUCUCGCGUACCCGCCUGUGGUUGCUGGAGGGAAUCGAGCCAACACUCUGCACUACAUAAAUAACAACCAGAUAAUCAAGGAUGGGGAAAUGGUUUUGCUGGAUGGUGGUUGUGAAUACUUUGGUUAUGUCAGUGAUAUAACUCGAACGUGGCCCGUGAAUGGAAAAUUCAGUCCUGCACAGGCUGAACUCUACGAGGCUGUCCUGGAGGUCCAGCACUCGUGUUUAUCGCUCUGCUCCCCGGGAGUUAGUCUAGAUCACAUCUACAGCACCAUGCUGGCUCUGCUGGGACGACAGCUUAAGCGGCUCGGCAUCCUCGAGGCCAGUACCAGCGAUGCUGAGGCGCUAAAGGCUGCAAGGCGGUACUGCCCCCACCAUGUUGGCCAUUACCUGGGUAUGGAUGUCCACGACACUCCCGAGCUAUCUCGUGCACAACCUCUUCAGCCAGGAAUGGCCAUCACUAUAGAACCAGGACUGUACAUCUGUGAAGACAACGACCAGGCACCAAAGCAUUUCCGUGGGCUGGGGGUCAGGAUUGAGGAUGAUGUGGUGAUCAGAGACAAAGGAGGACCUCUGAUUCUGUCCUCUGACGCACCAAAGGCCAUCGCUGAUGUAGAGCGGGCUUGUGCGCAGAGAUAGGGCAGCGACAGACAGAGAAGUGAUCAAGUGCUGCUCGCUCGCCUCUGUUUAUAUCAUGAAUCUCAGGGUCCAAGUGCAUCAAAGGUGGGAGCACGCUAUAAGACUUUGGUUUUCAAGUCACAACAACCUGCUACCCUCACUACACCGCUCUAUCUAUGAAAUACAUGCUGCACAAGAACAACAACUAAGUUCCAAAACAGAAAAACAAACAGGCAAACAUAAAGUUUACUUUUAGUAAUGCCUGUGAAGACGUCAUUAAAAGUAAAGGCAGAUUAUAUAUCCUUCUGUCAUUGAGCCAAAUCUGACACUACAGUCUGAACCAACAGCUGCAAACAGCGGCUAACAUUUUGCUUUACUUCAAUUGUUAGAUCCAACAACCAUGACUGUAUUUUAUUUCCUAAAACCUGUUUGAGUCUCAUCAUGUUUUGCUGAACUGCUGCCACCACGGUUCAUUUUCUCAUCUCACUCCAAGAAGUUGCACAGAAAAGUGCAUCAUCAUUUCCCACCUCAUGCUGCAUCACGCAGGAUCCAAUGGAGAGCACGUGCUGCAGGAAGAGCGGGCACCGGCUGAAUAAAGAGGGAUCCAUCUGAAACGGCUGCUCAUCAUAAAUCUGGAAUUAUUGUGAUAUCUUCACUGAUCUGCUGAAACGUGAAAAAGAUUAUACUGACAAACGUAUGACUGUUAGAUUUUUUUUUUUUUCUUUCCAGCAGAGAGAAGAAUUGUGAUGUUUUCUAAAUUAUUGUGUAUUAAAAAUAUCUCAGUAGUCUUUCGUAACUAAUAAAUUCAGUUGGUUUGACUUGGCUUCCUUAUAAAGGAUGUUGUUUCAUCAUAGGGUUACAUGGCCCCUCCUUAUCUUAAAGAUAAGGGUCAGUUGUCCUCUUAGUUGCUUCUUGGACAAAAAGGACAGUAUUGUUGGAUUUUUAUUCGUGACGGGCUUGGUUCUCUACUGUCAAACUUUAAAAAAAAUAAAAGAUCUC